AUGAUAAUAAUAUUAAAUAUAAUUGUGAUUUAUAAAUUAGCGAAUCCUCAAUCGGCAGAAGGAAUUUUGGAUGUUCUCUAUUGUGUUUUAACUGAAUCACCUGAGGCACUCAAUAUGAUAAAUGAGGGGCAUAUUCGUUCGGUUAUCUCUCUGUUGGAAAAAGUUGGACGUGAUCCUAAAGUACUUGAUGUACUUUCUUCUCUUUGUGAAGGGAAUGGUAUGGCUGUUCGAAGCAGUCAGAAUACAAUAACAGAUUAUUUGCUUCCUGGCAAAGAUUUACUUUUACAAACAAAAAUGAGAGAUUAUGUUGCUAGUUUAAUUCCAAAUAUUCUCGUUGGUCUAGUUGAUGGAAGUUCCCUUUUCAAACGUUGGUACUAUGAAGCUGAAGUUGAACAUGUUGAGGCUUGUGAAGGUGCCGAUGAACCACCUUAUUUGCGUGUUGGGUGGGCAAAUAGUGUUGGAUUUAAGCCUUUUCCUGGACCAGGCGAUGGUUGGGGAUGUGCUGGAGUUGGUGAUGAUUUUUGUUCUUAUGGUUUUGAUGGAAUGAAUAUGUAUUAUGGUGGAAAGCCUCGACAGGUUGGCCACAGGUUAUUAAGGAAGGGUGAUGUUAUUGGUUGCCUACUUGAUUUAAUUGCCUCAGAAAUACGUUUUACUUUAAAUGGUCAAGCAAUUUAUUCACUUUUUAAAAAUUUCAAUGUUGAUGGAUUUUUCUUUCCAAUUAUGUCAUUAUCUGCAAAAGUCAGGUAG